AUGUCCAAAUAUCUGAUACACCUGUGCCUGGUGCUGCUCUGCAGCUCUCGGAUAAAUGCAGAUCACUUUGACGAAUGUGACGGCAUGGACGAUGGGGCAUUUGUACAAAGUUGGGAGAGCUGCCAAUCCUACGUGUACUGCGAGGGUGAGGAAUCCCUGAAGGGCGAUUGCGAGGAUGGUGAAUACUUUGAUUCCGAGGCGGGAACCUGUGACGUUGCGGCCAAUGUGUCAUGUUUCCUGGACGAAGUCGAUGAACCUUCGGAACCGGAACCGGAAACAGACGAAGAAGAGGAGGAAAUACCCGCCACACCAAGACCAACCGAACCAGCGAUUGUGGAGACCCCGACCGAAGUGGAUAUCGUGAAUAUUGCGCCCGUUGUAAGGCCCAACUGUCCGAUCAGCGAUGAUCCCGGCCAGGUUAUAUUCAUGGCCAGCAAUAAUUCGUGCACCAACUAUUAUCUCUGCUAUCACGGCCAUGCCAUGGAAAUGCACUGUGAUAAUGAGCUGUACUUUAAUUCCCUCUCGGGACAGUGUGAUUACCCAGAUAAAGUUCAGUGUGCCUUUGAAGAUCCGCGAUCCCACAAGUGCCUGCCGCACAUGACCGAGUUCUUUCCACAUCCGGACAACUGCAACUACUUCUACUACUGCAUCAAGGGUUUCCUGACCCUGCAGCAGUGCCCCUUCUACUACGGCUGGGACAUAGAACGCCGGAGUUGUGUGCAGAUAGGUGUGGCGAAAUGCUAUGGAAACUCCAGGAGAAUAGGUCGGAAAGCCCCAUUGCCACCCAGAAAACAACUCAUCAAGAAUUAAGGGGAGUUGUCUACCAGAUAAGAGCUCUAUUUAUUGACAAGUUACAAGAUUGUGGCUACAUGAGACGUUUAAUUAAAUAUAACUUAUUAGAGAA